CCACAGCGUACGCACGUGUGUUAUCUCCAUUUAUUCAUGCUCUGUGUUCCUUUACGUAUUCAACAAUUAUUACCUCUUAUCGCUAUUUUUAUAUCAAUUUCAUACCAUGGGUUUAUGUGAUAUUUGUGCCGUAAGUAUUAAACGCGGUCAAAACGACUCAAUUACAUGUUUCUCUUGUUUGAAAUUGUACCAUCUUACUUGUGUUUCGUUAAAACAAGAUGAUCUCGACUAUUUAAAUAGUUUGAACAAAUCAUGGUCUUGUGUUAACUGUGCAAAAAAAUCUAAAAAUGCUAUUUCCGUCGGCAACUCUACUAAACAUCUCUCUUCUCUCUCUACUAAUGAACCUGACUUAAAAUUAAUUAUCAGUCAUCUCGAUAACCUACGCGCGGAGCAAACCAAACUUAUUGAUCUGAUCAAUGAGCAAAAUGAGAAACUUAACUCUUUUGACAAAAAAUUCCAAGAUAUCUUCUCUCAAUUAUCAAGUGUUAAAAAUGAAAACAGUGUGCUGCGUAAUGAUUUGACUGCUAUCAAAAAUCGUGUCGAUCUAUUGGAAUCAGCUGUUCCAAAGUCUAAUGCUAAUCACGACAUGUUUUUUGAGUUUAUUGACCGUCAAAAUCGUUCUAAAAAUAUUAUCGUUUUUAACGUGCACGAACAAUCUAGCCAGAACAAUACCUCAGAUACUGAUUCAAUAACACACAUUUUCAAUAAACUCGGAACUGAUAUAAAACCCAUAAAAAUUAGCCGCUUAGGUAAACCUAACAAUAAGCCUCGUCCAUUGAAAGUUGAACUGCAAGCGGCCACAGAGGUAUUUAAAAUUCUCGGUCUAUCACGCAUCCUGAAAUCCGAUCAAAAUCUUAAAGAUAUUAGAAUUACGAGUGAUAAAUCACCGUAUCAGCGAGAACUCCUUCGCGAUCUACGCAACCAGUUGAGAGAGCGAAUAUCAAAAGGCGAGCCAAAUCUGACAAUUAAAUACUACAAGGGUCAACCGACCAUUAUCUCCUCUGCGGUUCAAAAAAACUAGUCACUAAUUCAAGCCUACUACUCUACUAUCAAAAUAUUAGGAGCAUAGUUUCUAAAAUUAACUAUUUAAUCCCCUCACUCAAUACCUCUCUAUUUGAUCUUAUUGCUUUUACUGAAACAUGGCUUUCACCUGAUAUAUGUAACACUGAAUUACACUUUGUUAAUUACAUAAUUUUCCGUUGUGAUAGAUCGCCUCUAAAUAGUGAUCGUUCUCAUGGUGGAGGCGUCUUGAUUGCAGUAAAAAAUACAAUUAAAUGUAAAAUUUUAAAUACUUCUAUUAAUUGCAUUGAAGCAGUUUUCGUGCAUUUACAAAUGGCUGAUACAAUUUUCAUUAUUGGCUGCGUUUAUAUACCCCCUUGUUCCCCAUUAAUAACGUACGAAAAUGUUUUCUCCGCUUUAAGUAAUCUAUACUCAGCCUACCCAUCUGCAAAAUUUAUAAUAUUAGGUGAUUUUAAUCUACCAUCAAUUCACUGGAAUCAUUUAUCGCUCCCAAUAAAUUGCACUUCUCAAGUAGAUUCUUAUUUUGUAA